AUGGGGCCUGAUAUGACCGGGGCCCGAUAUUACCGGGGCCUGUUUGACCAGUCAGCGUCCCUUGGUACUCGGUCCUUUAUCUCAACACUGGACCGCUUCUGGGUAGACUGCAUGAGCUCUCACAGUCUCCCGCCGGCCCCACAUACUCAACAGUCUCCUGCCGGCCCCACACAGUCAACAGUCUCCCGCCGGCCCCACACAGUCAACAGUCUCCCGCGGCCCCACAGUCAACAGCCCCGCCGGCCCCACACACUCAACAGUCUCCCUGCCGCCCCACAGUCAACAGCCCCCGCCGGCCCCACACUCAACAACAGUCUCCCGCUGGCCCCACACAGUCAACAGUCUCCGCCGGCCCCACACACAACAGUCUCGCCCCACACAGUCAACAGUCCCCGCCGGCCCCACGUCAACAGCCCCGCCGGCCCCACACUCAACAGUCUCCUGCCGGCCCCACACAGUCAACAGUCUCCGCCGGCCCCACACACUAAAGUCCCCGCCGGCCCCACACACUCAACGUCUCCCGCCGGCCCCACACGGUCAACAGUCUCCCGCCGGCCCCACACACCCACAGUCUCCGCCGGCCCCACACAGUCAACAGUCUCCCGCCGGCCCCACACACUCAACAGUCUCCUGCCGGCCCCACACAGUCAACAGUCUCCUGCCGCCCCACACAGUCAACAGUCUCCUGCCGGCCCCACACACUCAACAGUCUCCGCCGGCCCCAACACUCAACAGUCUCCGCCGGCCCCACACACUCAACAGUCUCCUGCCGGCCCCACACACUCAACAGUCUCCCCCCGGCCCCACACACUCAACAGUCUCCACGCCAUUAAUAUACUUGGGUACUACUAA